GACCAGCCAUGCGCACGGCUUUACUGGGGAUUCUGCCACUUUCCGGCCCAUGUUUGGUUUGGCUAGUGAAUACUGUCCUCCCCUUCUGCUUGCUAAAGUGAAAGAAAAACACAUUGGAGUGCGGCAGCGCAUAACACGCCCAACCACUCCUUCGCCCCAACUGCAUCUGAAUUCUCCCAUCUCUUGAACUCUCUCCUUGGUGUUUUCUCACUUCUGCCUUUUCCUUUCUCAACUCCUAUAGUCAAACCUACCCUCACUCGGGAUUUUCUCUUACAACCAACAUCACAUUCCACCCGAAACAUCAAUUUCAUAUCCCAGCGCUGAAAUGGAUCUGUCAAAAUUUCCCUCUGAGAUCUUGGAGCCUAUCCUGGAACACACGGUGCCUCAGGAUUGGAAUAGUCGCGAGGAGGACUUCAAAGUCUUGGACCUGCGCCGCGUGUGCAAGCGUUUCAAUGUCUUCAUCUCGCUUUUCGUCCUAAUUAAGAUUCAGUGGGGGGAUCUGAAGAGGUCCAGCGCCAAGGUCAACCGUGACUGUUUGCGCUCCCUUCUGGUGAACAAGAUUUUGUUUGAAGUGUCUAGCCUGAAGCCCGAAGCCUGCUCUAUCCUCCUGCCUAUUAUGUCAGAAAUCAAGACAUUUGUUUUGGGCUCGGCGCCGACUGGCAGAGAUCUGGACCGGAUCACAGUGUUCACUGUCAAGAAUAUGUGCAGCUCGGUCAUGUCCUACCAACAGCGGAAAAAGACAUGCGAACAAUUCAUACGACCCGACAAGCCAGACCCUGUGUCUUGCAGCCUUAUCGCCCAGAAGCUUAUUACUGCAGUCUGCACUGGGCAGAUUGGCGUGGUGCAGGCACUGAUCAGUCGCGGCUGCGACGUCAACUGCCACGACAAGGCUCUGGGGACACCACUCUUCGCUGCAUUUGAGAUGGGGCGACUGGAUAUUGCCAAACUACUCCUGGACCAUGGGGCCGAUCCAAACAUUGUUGGGUAUGAAAGCAGCCCGCUCGCUAUUGCAGCCAUGAGAGGCGACCUCGCUAUUGUCCUCUUUCUUCUUACAUACCCGGCUGUAGAUGUGAAUCUGAAGUGUAGCAAGGGGUCCCCGCUUUUCUGGGCUUGCAACUGGGGCAGGUUCAGUGUCGUGAACAUCCUGCUGCACCACCCUAAGAUCAACUGGCGGAGCGGCAGGGGAGAAAAUUGGACUCCUUUUGGUGCCGCCGCAGGAGGUGGUUUCGUGCAGCUUGUCCAGUUGUUUCUCAACGUUCUGGGCAGCCAGAUAACUUGGGACGACAUGAUUGAUGCUCUUUGGAGGGCGGUCACUCGCGACCAUGUCGACGUUGUGCAGCUUUUGCUCCAGACGCUCAAACACAGAUUCCAGGGGUUCCAAGCCGGGAAUAUUUGCCAAGAAGGCUGUUCUAUGCUCUGCUGGGCGACUAAAAAGAAGGCAUUCAAUGUCGCCUAUCUCCUUCUGCAGCGCAGAGACGUGAAUCCCAAUGGUGUUUAUACGUCACCUCACAUCGUGCAAGACACUCCUUUGUCGCAUGCUGUCGAGCACAAAUCGUUGGCGAUGGUGGAAAUUCUGCUGCAGCGCCAGGACUUGAAUCCGAACAUCAAGAACAUCCAUCAACUUGCACCUCUCCAGAUGGCUUUGAUUUCCAAACAGAUGAAUAUUGUGGAUGCACUCCUGCAAGAUCCGCGUGUGGACCCAAACACCCGGGAUAAUUUUGGUGGAUCGCCACUGUUUCUUGCCGUCGAGUACAACUAUAUCGAGAUCGCUAGGAAGCUGAUUCAGCGUUCGGACGUCAUGGUCAACAUGCUGGACGUUUACGAUCGCUCUGCCCUCUCAUACGCUGCCGAGCAUGGUCGCAAGGAGAUUGUGGACAUGCUGCUUCACCACCCAGACAUCGAGUCCACGAGGUUUGACUCGUCCGGACGCACCCCUGCCUUCUGGGCUGCAGCAAAAGGCCACGACGAGGUUAUUCGGCGUCUGCUGAAUCACGACCCGACGCAGGUCAACUUGCGGAAUCCGGGGGGGAGUACCUGCCUCACGUACGCGGCUCGUCGCGGCCACUUGCUGGCAGUGAUGGUGUUGGUGGAGUUCGGUGCGGUGAUGGAGUAUGAGGACUCUUGGGGUUUCACUGCUCUUGAGUGGGCGCAAGCAUAUGAAUAUUACGAAAUUCAGCGUGUUCUCAUGACGUACAUGUUCCGACAGCAGUUGGCGCGGCUGAGAGCUGGAUUCGUGUCGAGCCAUAAUGGGCUGAAUGAUUCUCAGUGAUCAGUCUGACUGAUUUUUUAUUUAUGCUGGCUUGACCUUUCUCUUACAUCACGUCAAGCUCUGCCUGAUUUCAUUUGUUUCUCUGUUUACU